AUGAUAGAUUUGAACCUCACGGAUGAUCAAUUGAAGUGUUAUGCCUUAAGUGAUAUUGAGAAUAUUCUUAAAAAGAAUGGAAGCACUUUGAUGAAUAUAUGUCCUGGGAUGUGUUCAAGUGAUAUUUUCGUCAAAGAUGGUCAGAAUAAGCUAAUCUUAGAGGAGCUUAAUUAUGACAAGGAUUCCUUGAACGCUGAAUUGCUUGAAUUACUUCCAAUGAUGAUUGAAGAACAGACCUUGAUAUAUGAUGAAAUUACCAGAGCCAUUGAAAGCGGUAAGGAGGUGUAUUUUUCUUGGGUAGCAUCUUUGUUAUUACCAAAGGGGAGGAAUGCACAUUCAAGAUUUGGAAUACCUUUUACUGUAACUGAAGAUUCAAUGUGUAGAGGCAUAGAACCUAACAGUCAGUUGAACAUGAGAUUGCAACCAAGAUUGGCCAAUCUUGAUGAGCUACGAGAUUUUGUAGAAUGGAUUCUCAAAGUUGGGGAUGGAAAGCUUGGAGGACCCAACGAUGGAGAGGCUACUAUCGACAUACCUAAAGAUCUAUUGAUAAAGGAUGCAUCCGAUCCAAUGGAUGCAAUUAUUGAUUCAACUUAUCCUAGAAUUCUUGAGGGCUCAAUUGACAGUUUAAGCUUUUAUAACAGGGCAAUACUAGCACUAACAAAUGAAAUUGUUGAUAAAUUUCUUAACUCAAUACGUGCAUCUGGAGUUCCUAACAAUAAUUUUUUGUUAAAAGUUGGUGCUUCAAUAAUGAUGCUAAGAAACAUGAAUCAUUCAGCUAGCUUAUGCAAUGGUAUGCGCUUAUUAGUUGAUCGUUUAGGCGACCGAGUUAUAAAAGCAACCGUUAUAUCCGGAUAUAACAUUGGUGAUAAGGUUUUCAUUCCAAGGAUUACACUCACACCUUCUGAUAGCACUAAAAUCCUAGUUGCUCUCCAAAGAAGGCAAUUUCCUAUUUCUUUGUGUUUUGCCAUGACGAUUUAUAAGAGCCAAGGAGAAUCAUUAUCACAUGUUGGUUUGUUUCUACCUAAGCCCGUCUUUAGUCAUGGACAGUUAUAUGUCACAAUUUCUAGAUUGACUAGAAGAUUAGGUCUAAAAAUUCUAAUAUCUAAUAAGAAUGAUGAAAUAAGUUCUAACACUGAUAACGUUGUAUAUAAAGAGCUAUUUCAAAACCUCUAA